ACCUUAAAAACAAAAAAGAAGAAGAAAGCGCAAAAGCAACGAGAGAGGGGAGUGAGAUAGAGAUUAGAGAAUAGAGAAGAAUAGCAAAAUGGGGAACACCUUCUGCUUCUUCUGCGGAUGCAUCCAGCAGUCCAACGUCGGCGUGGUCGAGAAGUGGGGCCGCUUCAGCCGCCUCGCCCAACCUGGCUUCCACUUCUUCAACCCUCUCGCCGGUGAGUGCCUCGCCGGCCUCCUCUCCACCAGGAUCUGCUCCCUUGACGUCCGCGUCGAGACCAAGACCAAGGACAACGUGUUUGUGCAGCUGCUGUGCUCGAUUCAGUACCGUGUUGUGAAGGAGAACGCUGAUGAUGCUUUUUACGAGCUUCAGAACCCUCAGGAACAGAUCCAGGCUUAUGUCUUUGAUGUCACUCGCGCUAUUGUUCCCCGAAUGAACUUGGAUGAACUCUUUGAGCAGAAGGAUCAUGUUGCCAAAGCUGUUCUCGAAGAGCUUGCUAAGGUGAUGGGAGACUAUGGAUUUAGCAUAGAGCACAUACUCAUGGUUGAUAUUAUACCUGAUCCUUCUGUUCGUAAGGCCAUGAAUGAGAUCAAUGCAGCUCAAAGGAUGCAACUAGCUAGUGUGUACAAAGGAGAAGCUGAGAAGGUGCUUCAGGUUAAGAAAGCCGAGGCAGAGGCCGAAUCCAAGUACUUGGGAGGUGUUGGUGUGGCCAGGCAGAGGCAAGCUAUCACAGAUGGCUUGAGAGAGAACAUCUUGAAUUUCUCCCACAAGGUGGAAGGUGCCUCUCCCAAGGAGGUCAUGGAUCUUAUUAUGAUCACUCAGUACUUCGACACCAUCAAAGACCUUGGCAACUCCUCUAAGAACACCACAGUUUUCAUACCCCAUGGCCCUGGCCAUGUUAGGGAUAUUGGUGAUCAGAUACGCAAUGGACUCAUGGAAGCUUCCAGUGCUCAAGUAAAUCUCGACUGAUUUUGCUCGUUACCUUUAUACGGGGUAUGUAUGUAUAGCAUGUGGACCAACUUAAGGAGUAAAUAUAUGGCAAAUAUUGGUACCUCUUGAACGCGUUAGUUAUUUUUAUUCUGAAGUUGGAGGGAGUUUUCAGGUACUCUAAAGUCCUAAACCCAUUUGCUAGAUAACCAAAUAGAAUCGCGUUACAUAAUUUGUUGGUCAUUUCUUGCUUAUUGGUAAAGUAUGAAACGAAUAAAGGCACAAAUGUACAAUACUUGCCGCUUCAUGUUACAGUAGAAUGAAAGAAUCAUAACAUUGUCUGAGAAACUCGAUUGUUCAGUUUUCAGCUUCCAUGAUCUAAUUGAGUUUC